CAGUGAGCAGCCUGAUCUCAGGGACACAGAGGGCUUUUCAAAACCUGAACUCAACCCAGGCAGAUCUUCUCGGACGCCGGGGAAUCCUCACAGUUUACUCCCGGAGAUAUGGACAAAAAUCUAAUGAGCUUCAGGACCAAAUCAGGAUGGAUCUGAUUUUUACGCACAGCGCGGAUCUCCUGAACAUGUCCUCACCUUUCCUCAGUCAGCCGGCUCAGGUUUUUGGGAAAAGUGAGGGGAUAUAACUUUUUUUUUAAAGAGGGUCUUCUGGCGUGGAUGGAUAGGGGAGCUCCGCUGGAAUUAUUUACCGCAUCCUGCUGGGAUUUAUCUGAUUCGAUGAUAUAAAAAGGAGAAUGUAUGGAAUAAACCAGCGCUGUAUUUACAUGUAAGACAACUGAUUAGAUUAAUUUAAAUGUAUAUUUAGCUCAUUUAAGGUCUUAAAUUGACAAUUCACCUCAUAUUAUUGUCACUCCUGCAGAUCGUUUCACUUUUUCGUGCUGUGGUGCCAUGCUCAGGUAAGCGCACAAAACCUUUUUCCAUAUUUACGCAUCAUAGAAAGAGUGAAUCAAAAGUAAAGUUAGACACAAAAGUUGAGAUAAAAGAAGUUUUAGAGGAAAACUCAACUCAUAUAUACUUUAAAAAAUAAAAUAAAAUUGGCUCUCUCAGUUUGCUUCUUCAUCCCAGAUUUGCAGAUUAGAAAGAAAAAAAUUAUACAUUUCAUUUUUCCCUUUUGCAUAAAAAAGGGGGAGAAUCACCCGUCUCCUAAUUUUAAGCAGUAUGUGAGGACGCAGGGCGCAGUGACGGACCAGCUGAGCCGCAGACAGGUCAGGGUGUACCAGCUCUACAGCCGCACCAGCGGGAAACACGUCCAGAUUCAGGGCAAGAGGGUCACCGCCACAGCUGAGGAUGGAAACAUGUACGGUAAGAGCUGACACCAGAUCUGCUUUUAGACCCUGUGAUCCUUUUUUUGUUGUCUGCUGCAUCCAAAAGUUGAGCCUCGCAAGGGUCAUUGAUUGAACUCGACGGGCCAAUCUUAAUCAAAAGAACAGAGAAUAAAGAAAACCUAAAGACAUUUCUUUAAGUUUCCCUUUUGAUUAUUAAACAUGCAUAUUUACUGCUGAUCUCGACAAAAAAGCUUAUUUUUUUGGUAUUUUUUUAAAUCUGUAAAUUUCAAAACUAUUUAUGGUUGACCCCCAGUUCCAAAAUAAAGUAAAAAAUAUUGACAAGUACUUAUUAACAUAAAGUAUACUUACAAAGCAUACUUAAACAUUUUUUUUUCUGCAUUUUGGGAUAGUUUGUAACUUUUAGUUAAAAUAAUUUGUAUUGCAAAAUAGAUGUUGUCUUUGUCAAACAUGGUAACUGAUCAUUUAAGACCACCUGUAGUGGGAACUUCUUUGUAUUUGUAAAAACAAAAAACAAAAAAAUAAAAAAAUAAUAAAAAAAUAAUUAAACAACAUAAAAAAUAAUAAAAAAAACAAACGAAAACAAAAAGUAAUAAUAAAACAACAAAACAAACAACCAAAAAAUAAAUAAAAACAGGGACUGAAGUCUCCAAUAUCACAAAGCUCACUGCAAAAAACUUGCCACUUUUCUUGAUAUAAAACCAACUAUGAGAACAAAAACAGGAAAAAUGAUAAAAAGGAUGCUGAUAAAAUCUUAUAAAUGCUAAUAUCUUUGUCUUUUUGAAGUACUUAUGGUGUAUUCUCACCAAGCAGUGCAGUUUGCUUCGGUACAGUUUAAUCAUGAUCUUGGCUCUUCACAGCCAACAGUAUCCUGACGGCCAGAUGAUGAUGAUAUCUGAUACAGCCACAUAAUGGUGUGACAUCAUAGCAAUGCAACACAGUGUAGACUGCCAACAAGUUCAAUGAGUAGUGCUGUGUGCUACAGCGUUAUUUCCAAAAAUCAAAACAAGCUCAAAGUAACUCUCUCGUAAUCGUUGGAAUAUUUGAGGCCCCUGUGAGAAAUUUUCAGUUUUUAUCUAAUUUGGCGCCCCCUGUGAACACAGCAGUCUUUGCUCAUCUUAUCCUUGAACAUGCUUUAAUAGUGUAUCCUAGAAAAACUUUUACCAAUCAAAGUGUCAUUUAUUGUGAUUUUUUUUUACAUAGACAGUGUAAAACCAGAGCAGUUCCUUCAGCUGCAUGGCUGACACCUUCUUGCACUGAAAAUCCCAAUUUUAGAAAAUCAUCAAUCUCAUCACAGAUGGUCUUGUUUAUUUUGGCUAUCAUAAAAAAUCUUCACUUUAAAUGUCAGUCAAAAAACUGGGACAUUAUGGACGAUACUUUCUCUAACUUGGCGCUCUUAUUUCUAAUGUUUAUGCAUACCAGUUCCAGUAUAUAGUAUAUAUAAUAUUAGCGUUGUUAUUAUUGUUGUUGUUAUUAUUAAUAUUACAUUAGAAGGUCACAAUCUCAGCUAAAUCACAUUUUUACGCAUUUAUACAGUUGUGUUGAAUGCUCAAUCUACAGCACUCACUUCAUUAUAUCACUGCAUACUGUGUUUAAACAACCCCUAAAAUGAAAUAAAAAAUAAAAAAUAUGCAAAGUAUCAAUUAAAUAUGCAGUAUAUUUAAAAACCUUUUAACAAACAAACCCAAAUUACUCACAUUUAUGGAUGUUUUGUGCAACUGGAUAAUUAUGGGUACAAUUACAAAAAAAACUUCAUUGUUUGAAGUUAAAACCAUCCAAAAAGGCAGUUUGUGAAAUCAACAAUCACAAUUCUCAUUGUUGUUUGCAGAAACCUUUUGUCACUUUUGGCACUUAAGAGUAUGAUUUUUAUUUUGACACAAACAAAGCUGUUGGUAAAGGAAUAGAAACCACAAUCACGUGUCAGUAUUCAUCAGAGGCAUUAAGUGAAAAUUAGUCUAUCCUCUGAGCUCCUGCUGGGCUCUGACUUCCUCAGGCAGCACCAUCAUCAGUUUGACCUCUAUCCCGCUCAUCCCUCCCUCUGUGAGCUGCUCUCAGUCCUGUAUGUUAAUUCCCUCCCUGCUGCAUCCAUGAGGAGACAUCGUCUGGCAAAUUUACAGCUGAUUAGGACCGCUUCUUUGUCCCUGCAGCUCCAAUACACAUGGUUGUUGUGAUGCCAACGAGCGUCAUUUCAUCGCAGGACAAAUGCAAUUGAGGAUGUAGAUUCUGCCUCUUAGUGUGAAGUCAUAACAUUUGGGUAAUCAUUUGGUGUCAGGGGGUUUAGUGUCAAGAGGUUUACUUCAUUUACUUAACAGUUUGUAUUAACUCUCUGUGGUUGCAGCUCAGAGUUCAUUAAUCAGACAUUAAGAGGCAAGAUUCAGCUUAUUUGCCACUUUCCUUAUGUGUCUAAAUGAAUACAUUAUGUUGUUUACCCAGUGAGAAAACAAGCAUAUGAAUAUACCAAAAACUCCUUUAUAUACAACUCAACAAGAGACAGAAAAGCCUACGAAAUAAACAUCAUGAACAACAAAGUUUAAUUUCUGAGAUAAUUUUCAUUAUGCGAGCUGUAUGUUUGCUGAUUGAACUAUUACCUUAACAAAUCAUUAUUUCCUUCACUUUCCUGACUCCCUCCUUUCUUCUUUUUCAUCCCGCAGCUCGUCUUUUUGUCGAGACAGACACUUUUGGCAGUCGAGUGAGGAUAAGAGGAGCUGAAAGUGGACGCUACCUCUGCAUGAACCGCAAAGGGAAACUGGUUGGAAAGGUAAAACAUUUAAAUGUCUUAUUAUAUUAUUUGUCGGUGCUUAAAAAGAGAAGUGAUUGCAGAUUGAAUGAAUUAACCAAAAUUCAGAUUGUAGUUUGAACUCAGCAAAACUCUAUUGAAAGCCUCUAACUAAACUUAAUACAAGCCAUGUUUGACAAGUUAUUUUAACGCGACAGGAGUAAAAUUAGCAAAAUUUACUGUAUAAAAUGAUUAUUGUCCUUAUUGAAGAAACUUGACACGUGCCUUAUUUUUUUGCUUGUAUGUUAAAAUGAGAAAUUCAUCUGACCUGAAAAAUGUGAGAUGAGAUACUUUUACCAAAAUGAGACAAAACAGCUUCUUAGUUUUAAAAAAUUUCAAGUGUUUUAACUAAUUUGUGUCUAACUGGAAAAAAUCAAGUUAACAAGAAAACUAACAGACCUGAUUAGUACAGAAGCCUUAAAGGUUGAGUGAGAAAUACAACUUUUCACUCUUUUUUUUUAAGCCUUAUAAAAAUGAUUUUCUCCUGAAGUCAGACUUUAAAAAUAACAACAACCAAACUUAAAGCUCCUGUGAGGAAUUUUCAAUGUGUGGUCUUUGGUGCUUUCUAAAGAUUAAGUGUGUAAGCCCUUAAAGUCUUGUACAUGUUUAGGUGUUUUUUAUUCAUUUAACAAAAUUGAAGUCGGUCUUGAGAGGUCAAAAGUAUCUCUCAUUGAGAGUUAUUGCUGAGGCAUAUGUUCGGAAAAGUUUGCUGUAAAUCACUUUGCUUGACACCAACCCUGCAGCAGUCAUUUAAAAAACAAUCACCCUUGUCUCUAAUGGUCAGGUAUGGUUUUAUGAGUCAUACAGAGACAAUAUUGAGGCACAAAAUAUGGUUGAAGUUACUUAGAGUGGCUGGAAGAGUCACCUGAAAGACAACACAAAAGCUUUAAGAUUUUUUUCAGGAUGUGGUGAACCUUUACGUUUCUCUCCCUUGUGGCCAAAAUGAGUAUUACAAACACACAAAGUGAAAAAAGUGGCCUGGAUUAAAAAAAAAUUCCCUAAUUCUUUAUUAUCCAUUAAACUAACAGAAAAAAAGUCCCAUUAGACCUUUUUUAGAUGUUUUUUAUUCCAUGUGCCUAUCAGGGCUUCUGUAAUACAGGUUAAUUUUAUGGAUUACAUGGGCGUUUAAACCAUAUCAACUCUAUGUGACACAAAUUAGUCUUUCAUGACAUUAGGAGACAACAUUAGGAAUCCAGCUCCUCCAUCUGUGAUCUUCUACGGAGAGUAUUCAGCCUUAACUCGCACGGCUUCUUCUUCUUAUCAGAUCUCCCGUCCAUUAAAACAAACACAGCAGCUCCCACACUUAGGCGUCUCUCCUUUGUCAUUGUCUUCUCAUCAUCUUUCGUCGUCCGAGGGCAUGAUGUGCUGGAAACAAGGAAUCCUCAGAGCGCUGACUGAUGGUCACUCAGUUUGAUUGGUUGAAAGCAGUGAAGGGAAACUUUUUUUUUUUCCCAUCAUGCACUGCCUGUAUGUUUGGUCAUGAGUCACCUUUGACCUUCCUUUAUGGAAAUGGAAAAGAAGGAUUCACAUAUCUGGCAGACAUUAAGAGUUGUAAAUCUGUAUGUCAUCGUAGUGGCAUCAAAGGGUGUUUUUUUCUUGUUUUCGUUUUAAGGACAAUACUACUGAGAUAAGACCAGUGAUUGAGAUUUAUAGUUGAGGGUAUUCAUUUGAUGGCAUACGAACCAAAAAUUAGUGGUUUAAACAGGAAACAAAGCUUUCACCAUGUUUUUAUGAAGUGAUUGAUUUGAAAUAAAAUAAAUAAAUAGAUAAAUAAUUAAAAUAAUAAUAAAAAAAUAAAUGAAAUAAAUAAAUAAAUAGUCUCUCAAUUUGAGAUUAACUGGAUCGUUUCAGGUAAAAAAUAAAUAAAUAGAAAUAAAAUUAAAAAUUAAAAAAUUAAAAAAAUAAAAUAAAAAAGGUUUUCAUGGGAAUCUUACACACCGGGAACGACGCAAAUAUACAAUGCGAAAUGAUGAAAUAUUCAGGGGCGAACAUUGACAUGCCUGACUAUACACAUCAAGCGUGAUGCAAUGCGGAAAAAAGAUAAGCACAUUCAACUAUAAUCCAUAAAUGCAAGGUAACAACUGAGACCUAAUGGUAGCUUACGAGAUAAAGUUACUUAGCACAGAUGAAAGUUAAAACAAAGAUAUUUAGCAAACUGUUAAAGCACACAAACUAUCGUCAUAUGAGAAAUCCGACGCUAUGACUCUCCACAAUUUGUCCUUCAGGUCGUUAUCUUUGUAAUGUUUGUGUCUUUUAUCAAAAAACACUCUGUUCUCGGACAUGGAAACAAUCAGCCGGUCGGCCAUGUCGGCUAUACCAGUGAAUCUGAUGUCGCAACAACACGCAAUCUGAUUGCUCAGAAGUGGACACACAGUAUGCAAAACUGUAGAAAAAUUGACCGUAAAACGAAAAAAUAAAUGCUGCAGUAUCGCAGGACGGGAAAACGUCGCUGAUGUGAACGCUUGUAUUGACAGGAUAUGGGUUUGAAAAAAAUUUUGACGUCCAAAAUAAUUGCACGACAAAAACAGUCCCAGUGUGAAAGGACCUUAAGUGUGAUGAGCGUUGAUUGACAUGGGCCAAACAAAUUGAUCGGCAUCAGAAGUGUAUGUUUUUCCAAUGUAUGCUGUGAUCAUUUUUUCUCACAUUGCUUUGCAUGUUUUUUUGACUGACUGUGCCAUGUCAAAAUUUGCUCAAUCAAGGGUACACCAGUUCCACAGCUUUUGUUUCAUAGUAAAAUACUCAUGGAUUUUUUUAAGGCCUUUAUCUGAGAAGACAGGACUGUUGACAAGGCAGGAAACAGAAAGAGAGAGAGCAGGGAGUGACAUGGGAAAGGAGCAACAGGCUGGGAUGAACCCUGAUUUGUCUGCUUGAGGGAUAGUCUCUGUGUAUAGGAGAUGCAUUUAGACCGCUAGGCCAGUUUUGAAUUUUAAUGAUUGCAGGCAUACAAUAUUCAGUAUUGUAAUUUAUCAACAGCAAAAAUAGCCAUUGAACCCUUUAAUGCCUUUUGUAUCAUACGUAUGAUACAUACUUUUAUGAUGCUUCUAUCAAAUCAAUAUGAUCAACAAAUUAUUUAAAAUUUCGGUUUUCAGUAGUAAGUGAAAAAAACAUUUCAGCUCCAAAAAAUCUUGAAUUUUUUUUGCCAUAAUUAGUGGUUUCAGGCAUUAAAGGGAUAAAUAUGAAUGUCAAUGUGAAAAAAAAGGACAUGAUAAACAGGCAAAUCUACUCUUUUCUUGACCCCUAACCUUAGUCUUCUCCAUUUGCCUUUCUCUUACAUAUUCUGUCCAAUCAGGACGGUUCUCAAAAGUGUUUUAAACAGUAAAUCGAGACAAGAAAUCACUUUUUAUUGUAUAUUUUGAUGAAUCAUUAGACAUGAAUUAACCGAUGAAACCUCUUUUGUUUCCUUGUGCAGCGCAAUGGCCGGAGCAGAGACUGUAUCUUUACGGAGAAAGUUCUGGAAAACAAUUACACAGCCUUCCAGAAUGCCAAGUAUGAGGGCUGGUAUGUGGCUUUUACCAGGAAAGGGAGGCCCAUCAAAGCCUCCAGGACGAGAGAAAACCAGAGAGAGGUCCACUUCAUCAAAAGGCUGCACACGGGACCGCCCCCCUUCCCCAACACGGACCAAAGCAAACACUUUGAGUUCAUCCAAUUUCCGUCCACACGUCGAGCGAAGCGGAACAGGAAAUCACGUACCUCUUCCUAACACGCAGAAACAGCGAAGGACUGAUGACAGAACUGUGACAUAUGGAAGAAACAGAAGCAGUUUUAUUUUUGUAUAUUUUUUGAUCUGUAAAAGAUGGUGGAAAAGCCAUAUAUCUAAAGUAAUAUUUCUGUAAAAUGAUCAUUUGUAAAUACCGAAAGAG